CUUGUGAGGCAGAGUGGGUUCUGAGCACUUGCAAUCUUUAGGACGCGCAGAAGUGGCUCCGCGGCCUCGCUCAUCUUGCGCAGCCGACUGUCUAGUGCUGUGAACCUCAGCCUAGUGUUUUGGAAGAGAGCUAGACGAGGGGGUGUUCAGAAGAGAAGUUGACACGGAAAACGGCGCAAGGCGCUUAUUCACAGCCACUCCCGGUCAGGUGAAGACCAGUGGUUGAUCUCGAUCUAUCUCGAUAUCAGUAAACUACACCACGUUCUGUGAACAAAGUAGAACAAAGAUGUCUCUCUCCAGCACUUCGAGCGGUGACACGUCGUAUCUCACAUAUGCGGAUGGCGAUGUCGUCCUGCGUUCUACCGAUGGCAUCGACUUCCGCGUGCACAAAUGCGUCCUCUCCAUAGCUUCUCCCUUUUUCUCCGAUAUGUUCAAUCGGCUGCAAACCGACAGCGGAGCGCGAACGAUCGAAAUUGGGGAGGAUGCAGCGAUUCUCGACACAAUUCUUCGUUUCACGUAUUCAACGCACACCAUUCGUCGUAUCGAAGAGUUGGACGAGGGGAUCUCUCUGAUACUCGCCUCAAGGAAACUUCAAUGCGGAAGGGCUACGCAUUUGUUGUCUAAGGACCUAGAGAAGAUCAUCGCUGGCUCGCCCCAACCCCUUAGAUGCAUGGGCGCUUGCAACAUGGCUCGAUAUACCCGACGCCAUUGGGCCCGCGAAAGCACGCUUUAUGCAGUACAGCAGGAAACGCCAUGGCCUCCCUGAUUCUUUGAACCAUGUCAAUGUGAUGGAGUAUGCCAAGCUCCGGGAGGAAAAAGAUGAAAGGGAUGCGAUGAUGGGACAAAGUUAACCUGACGAAUUUUAUCACAAAACAUGCGACUCUCGUUCUUGGAUAUUAAUAUUGGUCCCCUCCGUUUGUGCAUUGUAUACGUGUACGUGUUACUAGCUCCCACCUAUGAGAAGCCGUCCAUGGAUGAACCUCCCUGGAAAAUGAUGUAGCAGACAAUCCUCACGCCCAGAAAAUUGCUCUACGGAGGGGAGGGGGGGGAGGUUAACUUCCACGGUGCAGUUGGGGUCGCCGCCCUAGCGACAGAGAAUGCAACACCUAUUCUUCUUCCCUUUGAAUAUAAAACACUGCCAGCUGAAGUGAUC